UGGGAAUGCCUAGACUCUGCUCAGAGGACUUUGUACAGGGAGUUAAUGUGGGAGAACUAUAGCAAUCUGCUAGUCCAGAAAGCAUCAUGUGCCUCUUUCUCACACACAAGUCUUGCUGUGUGUGAGCCUGUUUUGGUCUCCUGUCUGGAGCAAAGGAAAGAGCCCUGGAAUGUGAAGAGAGGGGAGACUGCAGCCAACCAG